GUUAUCUUUCACUAAUAUUUAUUUAAACUGGAAGGUAGUAUUAAUUUGAACAAGUCAAAAGAAUGUCCACUUUUUUAAAUGCAUAGCCUGAAUAAUAUUUUAAAGUUUGCCAAAAAUCAGCUUCAAGAGUUACGAUUCAGUCUGUUAGCGGCCAAUUUUCAAAUGAUCUACACAACUAAUCAUAUUCCUUCUCAAUGUCUAACGUGCUGUGGUGGUAGGUAACUUGCUUCUUCUCUGAAUUUUCAUUUAUUAUUAUUAAACAAGUUAAAGCAAAAUAAUAUGUUCAAGGGCCAACUUAGAAUAAGCAGAAAUUGAUUCUUGACUUUUGGUUCGUGGAAUUCUGCAAAGGCGGACCUAGGGCAAGUUCUACCGGUUCAACUAAUCCCAUUGCUCUAGGCUCGAACUAUGUGUAUAUUUACAGCAAAUAAGAAAGACCAUUUUUAUAUAAAAUAUAAUAAAAUCAUACUUAUUCUGAACUGCUGAAUCAGAUAUUUGUCAUUUAUUUGACUUGAGCAGAGAGGAGAAUUGUAGACUUUGCUACAUAUUGUUCUUGUUUGCGUUUUGCAUAUUGUCUCUCAAUGGCUGAAACAGGAGCUGCUUCUUCUUCUUCGUCAUCAUCUUCUUCUUCUUCUUUUUGGCCAUGCACUUAUGAUGUUUUCUUAAGUUUUAGAGGAGAGGAUGUACGGAAGAAUUUCGUCGACCAUCUAUAUACAGCUUUGCAUCAAAGAGGAAUUCACACCUUCAAAGAUGAUGAGAAACUUGAAAGGGGGAACUCUAUUUCACCCUCACUUCUCAAAGCCAUCGAAGAGUCGAUGAUUGCCAUCAUCAUAUUCUCCCAAAACUAUGCUGCUUCCUCAUGGUGUCUAGACGAGCUUGUUAAGAUCACUGAAUGCAUGAAACUCAGUGGACAGAUUGUUCUUCCUAUCUUCUAUGAUGUGGAUCCCUUGGCCGUAAGAAAACAAAAAGCAAGUGUUGGUGAAUUUUUCGCUAAACAUGAGUUAAAUUUCAAAGAUGAUGAAGAAAGGGUGAAGAGAUGGCGGACAGCUAUGACGGAAGCAGCAAAUCAAUCUGGCUGGGAUUUGCCGAAUAUUGCUAACGGGCACGAAUCAAAAUGCAUUCAGUUAAUUGUAAAAUGUGUCACGGAGAAAAUAGGUCAUACUGCUUGUGAUGCUACUGAAAAUCUUGUUGGAAUACGCUCCAGAAUGGGGAGGGUGUAUUCCUUGUUGGAUCUGAGGUCUGAUAAAGUUCAAUUCGUUGGAAUAUGGGGAAUGAGCGGAAUCGGAAAAACAACUAUUGCAAGAGCCAUCUAUGACAAGAUUUACAGUCACUUCGAAGGUGCCACUUUCCUUCAUGAAGUUGGAGAAAAUUCUGUCAAACAUGGUAUCCCACAUUUGCAGCAGAUACUUCUUUCCGAACUAAUAAUUCAGUUAAAAGAUCAAAGAGUAAAUAACAUAUUUGACGGGAUCAGCUCAGUAAGAAGACGAGUAAAUGGGAAAAAGGUUUUAAUUGUUCUUGAUGAUGUCAAUCAUGGAGACCAACUAGAUGCCCUUGCUAAAAGCCAUGAUUGGUUUGGUGAAGGCAGUAGAAUCAUCAUAACAACAAAGGAUAAGCACUUGCUUAUGAGAUAUAAGGUGGACAAAAUGUAUAAAGUGAGUCUGUUAAACACUGAUGAAAGUAUUGAGCUCUUUAGUCGGUAUGCAUUCCAGAAAACCCAUCCUAAAAAUGAAUAUAAAGAAAUCACAGCUGAAGUUGUUCGGUAUGCAGGCGGUCUUCCAUUAGCUCUUAGAGUUUUAGGUUCCUCUCUGUAUGGUGGUGGCAUGCCUGUGUGGAGGGAUGCAGUGGAAAGACUCCAGAAAAUUCCAGAUGGACAAAUUGUAGAAAAACUCAACGUAAGUUUCAAUCGACUAAGUGAGGUUGACCAAAAGAUAUUCUUAGAUAUUGCAUGUUUCUUUAAAGGGAAGAAAAAAGAUUCAGUUAUGAGAAUUCUUCACAGUUUCAGUUUUACACCUGCCCUUGGCAUAAGGAAUCUCAUGGAAAAAUCUCUUAUAACUGUUUCAAAAGGUCGGAUUAUGAUGCAUCAGUUGAUACAAGAGAUGGGUUGGCAUAUUAUUCGUAAAGCAGCUUCAGACAAUCUUGGCAAGUAUAGUAGGUUGUGGUCUCCCGAGGAUAUUUUUGACGUACUGGCUAAAAGUGUGGCCACAAAAGCUGUGGAAGGCAUAUGGUUGCGCUUGCCUAUUCCAAGAGACAUAAAUGUCGAUGCAGAAGCCUUCAAAUAUACGGACAACCUGAGGCUGCUCAAGAUACACAAUGCCUGUGUCUCCAUAGCCCCUGCUUUUCUUCCAAAUAAAUUGAUAUGGCUUCAUUGGCAUGGCUACCCUAUGAAAUCACUUCCAACAAGUUUUCAAGCAGAAAGGCUUGUUUGUCUGAAAAUGCAGUAUAGCCGCCUUGUACACUUGUGGAAAGGAAUAAAGGUCCUAGACAAACUGAAGUUUCUCAACCUUAGUCACUCCCAAAAGCUAGUCAGCUGUCCAGAUUUCAGUGGAGUCCCCAAUCUUGAGAAGUUGAUUCUUGAAGAUUGUUCGAGUAUAAUUAAGAUCCAUCCUUCUGUUGGAUUUCUCGAAAAGCUUGUUCUACUAAACCUGAAGAACUGCAGGAAUCUUAAGAGCCUUCCAAGCAAUAUUCAAUUGGAUAAUCUUGAGACUUUGAUUCUUUCUGGCUGCUUCAAACUUGGAAAUUUCCCAGAAAUCAUGGAUGACAUGAAUUGCUUAUCUGAGGUCUACUUGGAAGGGACAGCUGUAAAAGAGCUGCCUUCAUCAAUUGAACGCCUCACUGGCCUUCGCUUGAUGAAUCUAAGAUACUGCAGGAAUCUUACAAAUUUACCAAAAACUAUAGGCCAACUAAAAUGUCUUAGGAUUCUUAUUCUAUCUGGAUGUUCAAAGCUAGAAAAGUUGCCAGAGGAAAUAGGACAUAUAGAAAUCUUGGAGGAGCUUUAUUGCGACGAAACUGCCAUUCAAAGUCCACCAUCCUCCAUUACACUAUUGAAGAACCUUAAGACAUUAUCUUUUCAUGGAUGUAAAGAAAUGGUAUCUCAGUCAUGGAGUUCACUUUUCUCUGCAUUGAGAAAAAAUCGCAAGCCAACAAGUUUGAUGUUUUCUUCCUUUUCCGGUUUAUUUUCUUUGAGGAAAUUGGAUCUUAGUGAUUGCUGUAUGUUGGAUGAAGGAAUUCCAAGCGAUCUUGGAUGCUUAUCUUCUUUGGUUGAGCUAAAUCUUGGCAGGAAUAAUUUUGUCGAUAUCUCUCAAGCAAGUCUUAAGAUGCUUCCUCGGCUCAGAAUCCUUGAGCUCGUGGGCUGUGGGAGGCUUGAAAGGUUGCCAGAACUUCCGACAACAAUAGAGGAGGUUUUUGCAGAUAAUUGUGCAUCCCUAAUGAGUGAUAUGGGAAUAUUAACCAAGUACAAAAUGUUGCAGCGAAUAUCAUUCACUAAUUGUGUUGGACUACUUCAGAAUCAGCAGACUCAUCACAUGGCUACCUCAUUGUGGCUUCACCUAUUCAAGAAGUGCAUUGUUAAAAGUGGUCACUUUAGCAUUUACUUACCUGGAGAACAAGGUCCAGAGUGGUUUGGCAACAAACUUUAUGGAACUUCAGUUUCAAUGCAGCUGCCAAACAAUUGGUACAAUGAUAAGUUCAUGGGAUUUGCCAUCUGUGUUGUGUCUGACCUUGAAACAACAUGGUUAUCAGUUAAUGAAGAUUACCUACAGGGAAUGCCAGGCAUUUCGAUCGAGUUUACAAUCAAAAGCCACUACAGGAGGAGCACGAGUUGCCUAAUGAACAUUGGUUUUGUAGGGACAAACAAGAAUGUUGCUUCAGAUCACACAUGUCUUGCCUAUGUGCCAUUUGAGGAAUAUUGGUCAAUGUACAAGAACCACUUAGACAGCCCAAACAAUUGGUCUGAGAUCCAUUUUUCUGCAAAUUCUUUGAGGAAACAUAUUUUCCUGAAAAGUUGGGGAAUUCGUCUCGUGUACACUGAUGAGUUACAGAUUUUCUCAUCUUGAAGCUAUUUCAGAUGAGGUGUGUUCUCUCUCUUGUAUAUUCGUGGCUGACUUUCGAUUGACCAAUUUAGGAUUGACUUUAGUUUUUGUUAUGGAUCAAUGAUGCUCCACUAGCCAUUUUAUGAUUGAACAAAGUGAUGUAAGUAUUUUCAGUAUAAUAAAGUACAUGAACUGCCAAGACGAUGACAAGGUCAAUCAUGAUAU